AUGGCUGACAGUGUAAAGGUGGCAGUGAGAGUACGACCUUUCAAGGAUUACGAGAUUCAGGGCAAUGCAAAAUGUAUUGUUCAAAUGAAUGGUCCUCAAACUAUUUUAAUUGAACCAAAAACCGGAAAAGAGAACAAGUUUUCCUUUGAUUAUUCGUAUUGGAGCUUCAACAAGAGCGAUGCCAAUUAUGCCGAUAAUCAGGUAUUGUGGAAUGAUUUGGGAGAAUCAAUGUUAGCAAAUUGUUGGCAAGGGUAUAAUACAUCAAUGUUUGCAUAUGGCCAAACAGGAAGUGGUAAAAGUUACAGUAUGGUAGGAUAUCCAGGACUGGAUGAGGGAUUGAUUAUUAAGGCCGGAAAUCGUAUUUUCCAAAAAAUUGAAGAAUCCAAGUCUCAAAAUGAUGUUCCCAUUGAAUACACUGUGGAGGCGAGUAUGCUAGAAAUCUACAACGAAGAAAUCAGAGAUCUUUUUAAUCCAAAAAACAAUCCCAACGGAGGAUUAAAAAUCAGAGAAGAUCCUAGAACCGGAGUUUAUGUUGAGGAUCUUUCAAAGCAUGUGGUUGCCGAUUACAGCGCUAUUAACAAGUUAUUGGAGCAAGGUGAAAAAGCUCGUACAACAGGCGCCACUUUGAUGAACAAAACAUCAUCUAGAGCUCAUACCGUUUUCAUGCUUUUUUUCAAACAAACUGUUACACAUCCUGAAACCAAGCAAAAAGUUCAAAAAGUUUCCACCAUCAAUCUUAUUGACUUGGCCGGUAGCGAAAGAAUGGCCAGAACCGGAGCAACUGGAGCUCGUGCACAAGAAGGAAUCAAUAUUAACCUUUCUCUAACAUGUUUGGGUAAUGUCAUCAAGGCUUUGGCCGACAAAUGCACUGGAAAAAAGCCUGCUAACUUCAUUCCUUACAGAGACUCAAAGCUCACGUAUCUUUUGAAGGAGUCUCUAGGAGGUAACUCAAAGACAAUUAUGAUUGCUGCUAUUUCUCCAGCUGAUGUCAAUUUUGAAGAAUCUCUGUCAACCUUAAGAUAUGCAGACAGAGCCAAACAAAUCGUUAACAAGGCAGUUGUUAAUGAAGACCCAUCCUCGAAAAUUAUCAGCCAGUUGAGAGCAGAAAUUGAACGCCUAAAGGCCCAACUUUCAGGAAGUGAGGGAAAUACCAUGGGAGAUCAAGUCUCAGGCGCAACAAUUGAGGGCAUUCCUCAAGCUGAAUAUGAUGCACUCAAACAACAGCUCGAACAGUCACAAAAGCUGAUGGCAGAUAUGCAAAUGACCACAGAGGAGAGAAUCAAACAAACAGAAUUGAUGGCCAAGGAAAGAGAAGCCUUCUUAAAGGAUCUUAAUGUUGAUUUGAACUUUGACAAGAACAAGCCACACAUUUCCAAUCUUAACGAAGAUCCUUUGCUAAGCGGUAAAUUAAAUUACUACAUACAAGACGAAACAACCAUCGGAUCUAGUGCUGAAAAUAGUGUAAAGAUUCAAGGAGUUGGAAUUUUAGAUAGACAUGCUACUUUCAACGGUGGAAAUAUUACUCCAAUAUCAGGAGCCAAGAUAUUCGUAAAUGGAGUAGAAAUUAAGGAAAAAUCAAAAAUCAAAAACGGGGACAGAAUUGUGUUUGGAACCCAUCUAAUUUAUCAAUACAAUGAUCCUAAGGAAGGUGUAAUUAGUUUAGCAGACUGGAAAACAGCGUUCGAUGAAGUUAGUAAGGCAAUGUUUGAUGAAAAAGCAGCUGAACUUGUCAAAGAGCACAAGAAGAGAGAGGCAGAGCUUCAGGAAACAAUUAAUUCAGUUAAAGGUGAAAUUGAACGACAAAGACAAGAGCAAAAGCUUUUGAUUCAAAAAGAAAUGGAUAAUGCAAAGCAAAAAGAGGAACAAAUGAAAGCUGACUAUUCCAAGAAAGAACAAUUAUUGCUUGCAGAGCUUCAGGCUGCAAAGAACGAUGAAGAAAAGAGAAAGCAUAUUGAAAAAAUGUUGGCAGACGAAAAGAACAAGAAUGAGGAACAAAUUGUCCUGUUCCAAAAACAGCUUGAACAGUCUAAACGUGACAUAUCUUCCUCCUAUCAAAAGCAGAUCAUGGAGUUAGAAUCAAAAUUGAUGGCAGAAUUAGAUCUGGGUAAAAAACACAAAGAAGAUUUGGAAAGAGAAAAUCAAUUGCUACAGCAACAAAUUAAAGACAAGGAGCUGGAAUAUGAAAAGAAAAUAUCUGAAGAAAAAGAGUUCCUUCAAAAGAAGGAACAAGCUCUUCUGGAAGAAAAACAAAGAAGAGAGGUAGAAAUAACAAAGAUAAUCGCAGAAAACCAGCAUAAUUCAGCAUUAGUUGCUCAAUAUCAAGAAGAACUAGCAAAAGAGAAGGAACGAAUAGACAAUUUGAUCAAGGUCCAAGUAGAAAUGUUCCAGAAAUCCGAAGAACGAAUUAGAUCACAUAUCAACUCGGAAGUUGUAGAGUUGAAGGCACAACUGGAGAAGUCAAAACAAGCCGAAGAGGAGGCAAGAAAGUACAAGGAUCAACUUGCAAAAGUUGAAGAAGAAAUGACCAAAAAAUCUAAAGAGCAUGACGAACUUAUGCAAAGAGAAAAGGAAAAAUUCACCAUGAGAGAAAAGGAGCUUCUUGGAACUCUUCAAGAAAGAGAGAAAGAGCUGUUGGAGAAAAUACAAAAAGGAGCUUCUGAGGAGGAGGUAAACGAGUUGAGAAAGCAAUUGAUUCAAGAAAAACAAGAGAAACAAAGUUUAUUAGAACAAGAACGAGCUGAAUACGAACGAAAAAUGCACGAAAACAGAAUCAAAAUGACAGCUGUCAGAGCCAUUUUCAAAUCCCAAAUUCAAAAAUCGAAUACAUUAGCGGCUGCAGCGUCAACUAAGGCAGAAGAAAAAAUCGCUCUACUACAGCACAAGUACCUAGAAGAAAAGCUUGUCCAACAAGAAGAAAUUGAACGUCAAAAGCAAGAAAUGGAAAGACAACAACUCGAAGCACAACGACAAUUGGCUGCAAAGCAGAGCGAGCUACUUUUGAAUAAUGAACAAAAUACUAAAGGCAUGCUUGAACAGUUGAAGAUGUUAGAGCUAGAAAAUGAAGAACGAGAGCGUGAGUUCCAAAGAAAAGAAUUGGAAAUGUCAAUGAAACUCUUUGAUAUGGAGUCCAGAUUGCAAAACGAGAUGGCUGAAAAGGCUCAACUUAUUAUCGACAAAGCCGUCAAAAGCACUGUUGUUGCAUCUAAUGAAAGUGCUGGCGCUGUUAACGUCUUGAUACCAUGGAUACAAGAGGCUAAUGUUAUGCUCUCCGAGUUGAAAAAAGACAUCUCUUUGGAUCUUCGAUUGGUUGGUUCUGAUAUAAGUAUUGAGGUCACUGAUAAGAGUAGUGGCCACACCGAAGUAUGGAGCAGAGAUAAGUUUGAAACCAAGCUUUUUGAAAUGAGAAAUUACUAUUUCAAUGUAAAGAACGGAAUACGGAUUGACCCCUCCCAAGAUCCUUUUGUUUCAAUCCAAAAAGUUACUAUUGUUCAAAAUGAAAACCCAUCUGAUUUGUUGGAAAGAAUCAAGAUUUUAGAAAUUCAAAAUCAGCAAUUGCAAACUGAAAAAGCUCAUGCUUUGGUUGAUUUGAACAUUGCUCUUGCUGAAAACGAGCAACUGAGACAAAAGGCAAAGAAAACAGGUACUAAAUCAACAAAGAAAAUCAAAUCCAAGAUUAAGCAUUUGAAAAAACAGCUUGGAGAAAUUACUUCUCAACACAAGGUCGAAGAGAUACUAUCCUCGUUUGACGAAUUUAUAGGAAUCGACAGUGAAAGUGACAGUGACAGUGAUAGCGAUAAUGAGGACUUUGAUGCUAUGAUUAAAAAAGCGAAAUCCCUUACAAAGACUGUCGUUAAGGGUGUAAAAGAAAUCAAGCAAGAAAUUGAAGCAAAUAUUCCACCUCCAAAAAGUUCGGCAAAGAAAUCGAGAGGUGAUGGAAAGAAUCAAUCUAGUGUCUGCAAUGUUCAAUAA